UGGUUAGAAGGAGAGAAGUGCUGGAUGAAAGGACAAGGGAAGGAAUUCCUGGGGAAUGUAGGGAAAUUAGGACAUCAACUCAGAAGUGUGUCCCAGCCAGUUGUAGGUGUGUGUAUCUACUUGUCUGUGUUUAUAGACAUACAUCUAGGUUCAGAACUGUUUCUCUUUGCCUAGUAACAGGCAAAGUGGGAGGGACUAAACUUGGUAUGAUCUGGCAAAGGGAAUAGGGGAAAGAGCCCCAGACGGGGAGGAGGGAAGGGAUAACAGUUCCGACUCUGGUAUCAAGGACUGUUCCCCUCACACAUGCUGAAAUCACAGCUAGACCCACAAAAACUGCUCCAGAGGAGAUACAGACACAGGUCUGAUGCAAUGCAGUGAAGCAUCCACAGUGUGAGGGUCUUGAACCAUGUAUCCUUUCGGCUACUCACCAUCUCAAGGAACCCAGCCACAAGUCUUUGCCUAUACCUACAUGCCUGGCCCAGUGGUGCUGCCCCCCUUCCCGCUGCACAACUUUAAUAGUCAGCCUCUGCCACCAUGGGCAGGUGAUCAGGCAAGGAGCCAGGACUUGGCGGCUCAGUUCUACUCUCUGGGCUCCUGUUAUCCCUGCCAGUACCCAGUCUGGGCCUUGGAGCACCCAGUGUUCUACCACCUCUCCUAUGGGAGUGGGGCAUCUUACCCCCAGACAAGACCGGGAUUGGCAGGGCAACCCCAGGAAGUGUGGUCUGAGGGCAGCUUCUUUUCUGGAGAACUCCGAUGGGGGAGAAUAAAUCGUUGCUGGAGUCCAAUCAAGGAGCUGCCAGACUUUGUCCGAGAUGAUCUGCUCCGAGUGUAUGGGACUUAUCCUUAUACAGAAGUGCAUAUCACCUACCAAGAUGGAGAGUUCCUAGUACGGGGCAAGCCCCGUGUGGGACAACAGGAGUACCGAGUGGAGAAGAGGGUGGUGAGGGGUACCCCUGUCCCCCCCAACAAUGGAAUCGAGGCAGAGGUCAGCAGAGGCGAAGAAGAGGCUGAAGGCAACAGAAGAAACCAGAGCUGAGGAAGAGAAGCCAUUGGGGCCCAUCUAUUCUGAGAUUUUGAAAAUAAAUAAAUAUCAGAGGCUCAGCAGAAGAAAUAUUUGAGGAUUACUUAAAGCACCUCUCAGGAGGGAAACUAUUUGUACCUUCAUACAUUUACUGAGAUCCUAUCCCCUUUCCUGCUUCCCUGAGGGUUGGAUAUAGCCCACUACUACAGGGAAUUCUCUAGAGUCCUGGGGACCAAGAGAAGGAAGGGAGAAUUCCGGAGAGGCUUAGAUUUCUCUUAAUCUUUUAAAGCAGUGGUUCUCAAACUUUGGUUUUCAGUAUCUUUAUCCUAUUAAA